AAGGGGAAGCAACUCUAGUAAGUUCCCGAAGUUUUCAUUGUUGCUGUACAAACGAUGAAUCUAUGGAUUUAUUUCCUUAUUUGUCUAUCGAGGGGUGAUAAAACUUCAUGAAAUGUCGCCCUAGAAAGUUGUAAGGCAUAAUGCCUUAAUGUAGAGGUAGCAUAGCUUACUACUAAAGCUGAAACGCUCGCUCUGGUUAUUGUUAUCCCCGAAGCGUGUUUCCUGAGCUACUUACGACUUAGUUUAUUUUGACGGAUUUUCCGUUAAAUAUUUGAUACACAAGUUGAAAUAUCAGACUCUCCUGGUAUCAAGUCCAGGAUAUGAUUCUUCAAGUAUGGUAUUCACAUAGAUGAUACCUGGGACGGAAUGUUCAGUGGCUAGGAGGAUAUUACGUCAACGCCAGCAUGGAUUUUGCAUGCUGAUCUUAGGACCCUGAUUUUAUACCGCAGCAUGUGAUAGAAAUGGCAAACCCAGACUAUGGCUUCUACCUUAACAACAACAAUAACAACAACAACAGUUAUUUACCAAGUCCACGACCUCCAUCGCCGUUUUUUCCAUUGACGCAAACUACACAUAUGCCCUCUUCCAUUUAUCAAAACAGUCAGAUUGGACAGAAUGUCACGUCCAAUUUUACAUUCACGUCUCCAACUCAGACCAAUGUUGUAUCCUACGCCUCACCGAUGUAUACUGCCUCAGUGUCCACGACACACAGUCCGUACCAUGGACCUCGUACAGCCCCGGGGACAGGUGCAAGGUGGCAGCACACUGUACCCCAGCAGAUGCCAUGGAUGACUACAGUACCCCAGGGGAACUCUCCAGUCAUAGUAUUCACAGCCCAGUCAUCCCAGUCAACAGCAUUUAACCAGUCAUCUUUGACUUCCAAGUUUGAGCCUAAAGCAUCCUGCAGUUUCACCCAGAGAAGGCCUAAGAGGCAUUGUGAACUACAUUAUGAUUCUUCAUUGUGUCCGAGCACGAAGGUCCGCAUCACGGACGAGAAGAUGGCUGCUCGGAUGCAGGGCUUGAACUUGACUGGGACCUCUGACUCCACAGACAACAAGCAGUACUCCAACUGGGAAAAGCUGAAGGAAAUAGAGGACAGGUUAGAGGAUGAAGACAUGGGUAUAGACAUCCCUAGCACAACCAAGGACACUGACUCUAGUUUGCCUCGCCUCAGAAUCAAAGCAGGGAUCAACCCACAAGACCUACUCAAGUCCACCAUCUUACCCAAGACAAUACUCGAAAACUUAAAUAAACCAUGUAUGCAGGUAGUGUUGUGGAAGCCACCUGCCAUUGUGAAGGACAUUGAGGGGAUGUUUUCACCAAAGUUGUCCAGUAUACAAGACAGCAGCCUAGAGGACUCUGCGGACAGGACAGAGGACAUCCUUAGCAACAUGGAGGACUUAGUGACCAGUUCAGUGAACCAGGGUCUGCCGAGUCAAAUACUACAGCAGCCUGUCAGAAACAUCACCAUAACAGUGCCUUCACCAUCUUUACAUAAAGACAGGUUUCCUUCGACAGUUCUGACCUCAAGCACGACCGCAACUGACCGCCGCCGCUUUCCCCACACAGCCGUGACACAGCAUUGUGAGUUCAUGGAGGACGACAACAUGGACCUGUGACAUCAGACCAGUGUUAGCCCCUUCAUCAAAAUUUAUUUCAUGAAUAGUUGGAUGUACAUGAUGUACAACGUCAUCCUCAGUGUCGAAUCAAAAUGGUCUAAUCUGGCUAUGGUUUUAUUCCAGUUAAUGUAUUUUAACAGUUUUUCAUAGCACUACGACAGUGUUAGGUCUUCAUGAAAUCUGAACAUAAUGAUUACCCUAGUGCUGUGGACCCAAGUGGUACGGACCUUUGGAUCCCCUCGUCAUCAAGUUGACAUCCCCCUCGUCAUCAAGUUGACAUCCCCUGAUACAGCUGAAAAACUGUUCAACGCAGCUUUAACCCCUCUCGCUCUGAAUCGAUGACAUGGUGGUGUACAAUAUACUCAGUGCACACAAAUAUCUGAGGACGAAUUUCAUGGCUGAAUUAUACAGUCAGUCCUCAUUUUCACAUGUACAGAAACUCGUGACAAUUUUACUAGUUCGGAAGAGUAGUUGUGAAUGGUACUGUAGAGAAAAUAUUUCCAAUUUUCUUGCCUCUCACAUAUUCCCUGUAAUCCCUUUCUUCUCAGUGUCAGUUUAGUUAGCUCUAAAUACUGGAGUGAAUGUUCAACAUUUUGUUCUCCUGGUUGUACGUGGGUGUUUCGCAGUUGUCGGCUGUAAUGUCUGGAAGUCUGUCAUGUUGUGAAUUGUCUGAAUUGUUUGUCUGUCUCCCUAUAAAUGUCAUGUAGAUUGUGGGAACUAUCAAUGCUUUAGUCUAGACUUUGACCUUGACAUUCCUGGGAAACCUUGACCUUGUCAUUGCUUCGAAACCAUGACCUUUUUGAUGACCUUGAAGUUGAAAUCGACCUUGACUUUUGGUUUUGUGUCAUUCAUGUUGACCUUGAUCUCUGUAUUGGUAUUUUUACAAUAAAGGUGCAAAUAAUACAUUAUCACCACAUGUGUACACAGUAAUUCAAAUUCGUUGAUUAUUAUGGAACAUAGCUUUAUUUCAGAAGGAAGCUCAAGCACCUGACAAUGUUUCACUGGUCUUGGCUGUGUGGACAGGGAUUUUGUGUGACCUUACACAAGACGUAACUUAUCUAAUAUUUGGGAUGUCACUGUGUAAAGGACAGAUUGUAGUACUUUUGUUUGGUUGAGUCCAAUCCAGGAUUUUUUCUCACAACUGUAUUUAUUUCAUGACAACCUUUCUAUACAUUUUGUGUUUGUAAAACCUUUGUCCAAAUUAUAUUUUCAGCAUUUCAUGAACCAAAUCCGGGUUUCUCCCUCUGGAAUGUCAAGUGGUCAGUCCAGUGGUCAGUCCAGGUUCUAGCCAAAGCAUUGAUAAGUCUUUGUGUGACUUGUACCCUAUGUCUUGGGAGUGGUAAAUGUUUCUAUUUAAUUUCAGACAUGUAAUAUUCUGGAUAAUUGAGACAAACUGGAGGCAGCAAUUGACAUAUACCUUUAUCCUGCUGUUACAUGGAAUUCACCAUGAGAUUUAGAAUCUGUACAAAUGAUGAUUUCUCUUGAUGUUUGUGUAGCCAUAGCAACAGUGUUCUCCAUAGCAACAGUGUUCUGUUGCGGAAAAUGAUGUUCUCUAUUAUUUUUCUUUUAUAUCGAAGAACUUGGUCCUGGAUUAUGAAUGUAUGUAGAGUUUAAAAUAUGUCAUUUUCAGGCUGCAGCAACCUAUGGUAUAUUUUGACACUACUGGAUGGAUAAUUGGCUGCUUUUGAUUGUUUUCACAUAUAUAUUUUUAAUCCUACAGAACAGGGUGUAUAAAGUUUAAAAGUUUGGAACUUCAUAGUUUCUGGAACACUUUCUCAGUGUUUGCAAAUAGUGUAGAAAUAAUCUCAGCUUCAAUUCUAGAAAAAUUGAUUGUCAUUGUACUAUUCAAAUGGUAGUAAAAACACUCCUAGUUUUUGUAA